UUUACCAGUUUAUAUAUGAGACAAUUAUCAACCUUUUAAAUUAUAAACAAUAAAAUUAUGAUAAUCGUAAUAAGCUUAUUAGUGAUGUUUGUAUUGUUUGAACCAUAAGUAACUAUUUAGUUGAACGUGUUCAUUUGUAAAAGUCAGUUUGAUUAUAAAAUUCAUGCAGUGUAAUCUAAAAUCAUGGAAUACCAAGAUCAAGACAUCAAUUAUGAUAAUAUUAUUGAGACUCUCUUGAACACAUUCGGUAAUGCGCUAAGCAGAGAUUGUCUGUUUGCGAUUAUUCAAGAUUGUGGAGGGGAUCUUGAACAAUCUGCAAAUGCCAUUAUAAAUAUGAUGGAUUGUAAUUUGGAGUCAACAAAUAGGACAGAAACAACUGAAAAUGUUUUAACAGAAAAUUGUACAAAUCAAAUAAACAUAAAUCAACAAAAUGUAACCUCAAACAAUUCAGAUAAUGCAACUAAACCAAAGACCCCAAAUACGAGUUUUACGGUGGAUAUUCCUAAAAAAACCCAAGAUGCGACCUCCUAUGCUAGUGCAUCGAGAAAACAAUGCCAGCAGGUUCAGCCUCAUCAGCCACACACAUUUACACAACGAGAUAAAAAAAAUAAUAAUACAUCUCAAAAUUUUUGGACAGACCAAUUGAAACAAAUUUUGUCAUACCACAAAGAUGGUGCACGUAUUUUGAUCAUUAUGCGAGGAUUACCCGGCAGUGGAAAGACAUACCUUGCAAGGAAUCUUAUUGAUGCCAUUUACUCUGUGCCGAGUGAACAACACUAUUCUACUCACAUUUUUAGUACAGAUGAUUAUUUUAUGCAGAAUAAGUUGUAUGUGUUUGACAAAAACAAACUUCCAGAAUAUCAUGAACGAAACGAGAGAAUGGCGAGAAAUAGUAUGUUAAAAGGAGUCAGCCCGGUAAUUAUUGAUAAUACUAAUGUCGAAUUCUGGGAAAUGAAAUCUUACGUAAAUGAAGGCAUUAAAAAUGGUUAUAUAAUUGAAGUGGUUGAACCAAAUACAUCUUGGGCAAGAAAUGCAAAGCAACUUCAGAGAAAUUGUCUUCAUAAUGUCCCAAUUUAUACUAUUCAAAGAAAACUUGAUACCUACCAAAAUGGUGUUACUGGUGCCUUUUUGAUAAGAUAUUUUGGAUACUACUAUGAAUCUAAUAUGAAACCUCCUGUUGCAAGACUUGUCCCUCCUAUUGUUCGAGAAAUUAAAUCGACUCUUCCUGUUGAAAAUGAUAAAAAUAUACCUACAACAAUUGCGGAAAAUACAAGACAAGAAACUGUAAAAAACCCGAAUAAUCGAGAUGAUAUUGCUGAUCUUACGUUACCAUCCUCUUCCUUACCAUCAUCUUCUAAAAUGACUGAAGCUAACAUAACUAAGAGUCCAGAUUUUCAAAGUACGGAAACAAAUGAUGCAAAAGAUUCAUUGGAAAAUACUAAUUUUACUGAAAUUAAAGUAUCAUUAGAAGAAAUAGAAAAAAUAGAGGAGGAAUGGGAAAACGGUGAAGACUGGAAUGACAACUCAAAAAUAAUAGUAAAAGAGAAUAAAUGUCUUAAUCUGACUGAAUCGAGACCUCAAAGAAGUAACUUAUCAAAAUCUUCGACAAAAGAUAAAUUGUUACCACCAUUGUCAAGCACCAUGUCACCAUGUCAAGAUUGGAGCAAAAUUUCGAUGUUUCUACCAUCUUGGGGUGAAAGUAGCCAUUUACCAGAAGAGACAAAAGUAAUUGUAGAGAAAAAGUCAAGUUCUACCUGUAUUGAAUUGGGUGAUACUGAAAUUUCUGAUUUAAAAAAUCCUCUCAAAAUAAUUACAGCAUCUCCGAGAGAUAUCAAUGAAUUUUAUGUGAAAUUGAAAAAUACAAAGAUUCCAGAUAAAUGGAUGCUCGAUAAAAGCACUUCUACCAGUAAUAAUCAAAUUUUAAGUGAUGUACCACGGUGUGGAAACGAAGAGAAACAUUUUAGUUCAUUUCGCAAAUUAUUUAAACAUAUUCCACGGUCCGAUUUACGACAUAUUUUUGAUAAUUGUAACGGUGAUGUUAAUUGGGCUGUCGACAUUGUUCUUGAUGGUGUGGAUAAUCAAAAAAUAAGCACACGUGAUCCUAACGACGUUUCAGACACCGAAGAAGAAGAAGAGAAUGAAGUUCUCUGCACAUGUUUAGCUGCGUACGAAAUUUUGCCUGAUCGUAAUGAGUCUUCAUCACCAAUUGAACCUGAGCAAAAUACAGUUCCGACUACUUCACCUGUAAAUACAAAAAAAGGUAAAAAAGAAAUUGUAGUAUCGGAGGCAUCUAUACAAUUGAAACGACAAAUAGAAGAAAAUGUUGUGAUACCAGACAAUCACUAUUCGCAACAUUGCUUAAAAAUCAGAAAAAUUCGGCGCGGUGAAUGUAUUGUUGAGGAAAAUAAUGACGAAGAAAAUCUAAGUCCUUCGGAUAAUACAGAGAACCAGGUGAAUGAUAAUAUUAUUCCGAGUACAUCAGGACUAUCAGAAGAAAAUGUAAACAAUGCCAUUAAUAAUUGUACUAAUAAAGACGAUGAUAGCGAAGCAAGUGAAGAAGAACUCACUACUGAAGAUGAACUGGUUAACUUUGGUAACGUUGAAGAGACAAUACAUAUUAACGUAGGACACGUGUUCAUACAACAGUUGGAUGCAUUAUUUGGGCGCGGUGAUAUGGAAUAUCCACCUUCAAUAAAGCCUAGACUUAAUAUACGUACUUCGCUUCUGAAUGAGAUCAACGCUUUAUGGAUGGAAUCCCUAAUGUAUCAAUUCGAAGAAAGUUCUAAACAAACAGAUUUAAUGAUUAAACAGGACGAAGAAUUUGCGAGGGCGUUAUUGUUAAAAGAAGAAGAGUUAUUAAGAGAAGGAAGAGAACCUGAGAUACCGGAUUUUAAGGAAAUUAUGGAUAUGGAUUUUGCACUUACGUUGUAUUAUAAAGAUGUAGAUGAAUGGCGUAACCAUGAACCUGGUGACUUAGCAGCUAGGCUUUCAAGAGACAAGUUGUAUAAUUUGUUCCCGGAGUUACCCAAUGAUUUACUAUCCGAGGUGCUUAUGGCUCAUGACAACAAUUUUCAAAACACUGUUGAGGUACUUUUAAUCUCAACGGGACGAGAUCAUAUUCUUGACAAGAAAAAUGGUAUCAGUAAAUUCGUUAUGGAGAAGGAAAUAGAGAGACAAGAAAAAAUUCUUGAAAAAGAAAAAAAGGAACUGUCUCAAGUCGAAUGGCCUCUGCUGCCGACUCUGGAGAAGGUCGAUAUGGAAACGGUCCAGAUGUAUCGCGACCAGGCCGACAAUCAUUUGGCAAGACGAAACCUAAACUAUCAAAAGGCUCAAGAUUACAUACGAAGAGGAAUGACUCAAGUGGCGACAUAUUAUUCAGACUACGCGUCGUAUCACACUAAGAAAUAUGAACAAGCUAACAGCUUGGCGGCUGCCACGCUUAUGCAACUGCACGCAUCGAACUGCGCAGAUAAUGCCACAAUCGACCUACAUUACCUUCGAGUAGGGGAAGCAAAGGAAUCCCUUGAUUUGUUCCUCGACACCCAUAUCCAAAAAUUGAAAGAAACUCAAGAUAGAACUGGCAUUAGAUCGCAUACCCUGUUCUUCAUAACAGGACGUGGUCUGCACAGCAACGGCAAACCACGAGUCAAGCCAGCUGUCAUGAAGAGGCUCCAGGAACGAGGUUUGAGCUUUUACGAACGCAAUCCCGGCUUGCUCACUGCCAAGGUCUGCGCGGACGACAAGCUAUCCUACCAAAUCGCUUAGGAUCAGUUGAAAUCGUCCAGAGACGGGCGAUUUCAACAAGACAUUUGACAAUUCGAGACGACUCCUCAAUUUCCUCCCGGUCACCCCUGUCACAAUAACAAUGUUGUUUAUGUACACUAUCCCAUGUACCCGUGGCCCACGUUCCAGGUCUACAAAAUGGUCUAUAUUGACUCAAUUACGGGCCCGCGAGCGACCAUGUUUUUUUACAGGCAUUAUAUAUAUUUUGGAUAGUGUAUAUUAAAAAAAUACAUUGUGGAUUUAUGGUUACGCCAUUAAAAACGAAAUUAGUUGUACCGAGAACUUCUCCACGGCAAUUGGACGUGUUAAAGGAAUGUCUUCAAAUUGUGCUGUGACGGAACUCUUGCUUGUGACUUUAGUCGUAACUUGUCUUGUAUAGUGUUUCUAAGAGUUAGACUUUAAGGAUCUACACGUGAAUUUUAUUUGAUUUUAUUACGUUUAAUUAGAUUUUUAAAUUGUUAAUUUCUUUUUAGGAUUAUAUUUAAGGGAAUCAAAAAUGUUUCGUUAAACCACUUACUUAGUUUAUUUAUUCGAGUUGUUCUAUCGAUAAAUGUUAUAUAAAUAGAUCAUUGUAUAUAGACCAUACCAUUUAUAAUUAAAUAUUGUUAAAUUUUUAACAAUUUACAUUCACGUUUUUCAACGUUAUAAGGUGUUUUCGCCGAGCUUGGAAAGCUUAUUUAUAAUCCUUAAUUGGACGAUGUGACUGUACACGAGAUGUGAUUAAAAAAAUUUUUGUUAUAAAACGUUUAUAACAAAUUUACCGUUUACUUGAACAUAAGUAAAAUGGUAAUACGGAUUUGUUGUAAGUAGUACAAUCUAUUUUUGGAUAUUUCUUACGAUCGCCACGGACAAGGUCCUAGAGAUAAAACAAAAUCUUGAGACUGAUUAAGCGAAGAUAUUACGCAAUCGUAAUAUCUUCAUUUUGAAUAACAGAAAUAUUAAAUUUUUAAAUAAAUUAUACAAACUAAAACGCAGUAUUCUAAAUAUAAAAGUAACAUUUUUAAUCGACGAUUCGAAAAAUUUAAAAAAAUUUCAAAAAAUUUAAAUUUAGAAUUAAUAUCACUAUAAUAUAUCAUUCAUUAAAAUUUAGCAUUGUAAAUAAUUAAUUAGAACUCUUUUAAAAAUAUGUAAGUUGUAAUAAGUAUUUCGCAUUUCCUAUCUUAGUUCGACACAAACUCAAAACCGUAACAAAUUAAGGUUGCUAUAUAUUAAUAAUUAUUUUGCUCAAUUUAUUUACCGGUUAAAUUUAUUUAAAAAAAAAAAAAAAAAAACAAACUAAUAACUAUUCAACGAAUUUAUACAAGUAAGUACAUUUUUUUUUUAUUUAACCAAACAUUCUACGAAUUCCAACAAGAAGCUAUCAUAUCAGUUGAAUGUAAAUGAAAUGUAUAAUUUUUUAAUAUUUAUCGUUAUAAUAUAAUAGUAAUAAAUAAUAAAAAGUUACAUAAUUGCUUCAUAUAUGCUAUAGUGUACGCACAGCAAUGUACACCAUCUUGGAACUUGCCAACUACAAGGUAAUUGUAUACAUACGUAUAUAGAUUUAAGCUAAAAAUAAUAAUUAUUGUAACAAAUCUUAUAAUCGUUUCUAGAGUUUUUCUAGAUUCUCGCACAAACACGAUGUCAUGUGAUGUCUCGUGGCCCACGUGCCCAUAGGAUAAAGCGGAAAUGUCUCGGGUUCCAGUGUGUGGCUAAUAUCUUUAAAAUUUCUCUUAAAAAGAUAUGAAUCCGUCUUUUUCGUUUUUUAUAUAGCGCAAAUUACAAUUUUGAUAAUUUUAUUGAUUUCCGUUUAAUGCUUAGGGCUGGUUAUUCUGAACUAUAAAAUUUCUUAUAAAAAGAUAUGAGUCCUUCUUUUUCGUUUUUUAUAUAGCGCAAAUUACAAUUUUGAUAAUUUUAUUGAUUUCCGUUUAAUGCUUAGGGUUUGUUUUUCUGUGAUUAAAACAGGGUCUUAUUUUAUUUAUCAGCCAGCUUGAAGUUAAUUUUAGAUUCACACGUUGUGCCAUUUGCGUCUCUGUAAAUUUUUAGUCAUUAAAAUAAAAUAGGCUCGAAAUAUAUUAUAAAUAAAAAAUAGACUUUCGAUUUAAUUGAUACAUUAAUAAAUUUAAGUACAAAGUUUCGUAUAUAACCGCUUAUAAUAUUUGAUGACAAUUAUAUUUUCGGUCAUAUACACUACAAAGAUUAAUUAAUUUUCCUUACAAUUAACAUACCUCAAAUCAUCAGCCUUCAAACUUAACGUCCUUCAUUUGUAAAUAUAUCCGAUGAUAAGUGUAAUUUUAAGUUCGUCCUAUAUUCAAAUAAAUUCGAUUUUUUUUUUCUAUUUCUUACAUAGUGUUUAGUAAGAUAAAAGAUCCAAGUAAUUUUUUCUCUCUUACAACUUUACACUACAAACGAAUAUAUUUAUAACUUUUGUACAUAGAUUUCAUCACUGAAAGUAUUUCUACAUUAAUAUUAAUUCCUAUACUUAUGGACGAUACAGUGUCACUAGUGAUAUAUUUAAAAAUGUCUAAGAAUUAUGUAUAAAUUUAAGUGUGUAUCAGAAUGACUGUGUUAGUGAACUAAUAAAAAUGUAUGUUGAGGUACUCAAUUAUUGUGUAAAUACACAAUACGGAGCCCUUAUGCGAAAAUCAUAAACGGCCGUUAAAAUUUUAUCUUAAAAAUAGCCAGACAUCUUGAUUGAGACAUCAGGAUGAUCGGCCAUUUUAAAAAUAAAAUUUCAUUGAUAAUACCGUGGGUACCAAAUACACCAGUACUAAAUUAGGUACUCCUAAUCCUGGUCCAUAUUUUAAUAUGGAUCUGUCACUUUGCACAGUCAUUAUGAUGCACACAAAUUCAAUAUAGCAUUUCAAGAAAUAUGCUGUUAUAAUUAAAUAAUAAAAAAAAAAAAAACACGGAUUGACAAUCGAUUAA